ACUCAAACUCAGAGCGAUCAGAUUAGAUUAGAUUCAAUUCAACCGACGACGACGGCGAGGGAAAACCCAAAAGCUUUGAGCCACACACACACAGCUGUAUUAUAUAUAUACCUAAACAGAGAAAGAACACUCCUUUCUCCUCCAUUAUAUUAUAUUAGGGUUUUUCGAUUAGGCGGAACUAUGUCAGGUCUCCACCGAUCUUCAAGCUCAUCCAAGAACGUCGGAAAGUCUCUCCCUUCCAAAGAGCUUCUUGACGAUCUUUGCAGUCGAUUUGUGUUGAAUGUUCCUGAAGAAGAUCAACAGUCUUUCGAGAGGAUUCUCUUUCUGGUGGAGUAUGCGUAUUGGUACUACGAAGAUAACGCUGUGGAGAAUGAUCCUACGUUAAAGUCUCUCUCUUUAAAGGAGUUUACUUUACUCUUGUUCAACAGCUGUGAUGUUUUGAGACCUUAUGUCUCUAACAUUGAUGAUAUCUUCAAAGACUUUACUUCUUACAAGUGUAGAGUUCCUGUCACUGGUGCUAUUAUCCUCGAUGAAACUUAUGAGCGGUGCUUGUUGGUGAAGGGAUGGAAAGGGUCAAGCUGGAGCUUUCCCCGCGGGAAGAAGAGUAAGGAUGAAGAAGACUAUGCUUGUGCUAUUCGUGAGGUUUUAGAGGAAACUGGAUUUGAUGUCUCAAAGCUACUCAAGAAAGAAGAAUAUAUUGAGUUUACAUUCAGACAGCAAAGAGUGAGACUUUACAUAGUUGCUGGGGUGACAGAUGAUACAGCUUUUGCACCACAGACCAAGAAGGAAAUUAGUGAAAUUGCAUGGCAUCGACUUGAUCAUCUUCAGCCAGCAAGUAAUGAGGUGAUAACUCAUGGAGUUGCUGGUCUCAAGUUGUAUAUGGUGGCUCCUUUUCUUGGGUCGUUGAAGUCAUGGAUAUCAAAGCAUCCGGCUCCUGUACAACGAAGACCUGAUAAGCCCCUUAGAGCACUCAGCGUGUGGAAUGCAAGGACUUUGAGUAGUACAGGAGGAAACGGGACAGCAGCAACAACGGAAAGCUACAAUAAAAAGCAGCAGCCCCAACUAGUAGAGCGUCCUCAGGGUGCAGAACCUGGAAACAGUUUCAGAAGCUUCAAGUUCAAUAGGUCAGCAAUCUUGGAAUCAGGAUUUUCAGCUUGACUAGUCGGUGUUAUUGGUGGCAGCUAUGAUGGAUGGGUUUGUGUAUAGCAAAGCCCUUGGAAUAUGUUCAUAAGCUUGUACUUUUCUUCUUCUUCUUUUAUGCCUGUCGUUUCUUUUGGAAAGAAAGGGUUGUUGUACAUGAUGAUGGUUCGUGGGGUGAAUCCUUUGGAUGAUGGCUUUAGAUGAGAAUGGUUGCGACCAGCUACAUUAGUUAAAAGGACUUCUUUAUCCAAUGUAGAGAAUUGAUAUUAUCUUCUAAUAGUGACUGCAAUUGUUCUUUCUUAAUUUGUGGUGACAAUAUCUAACACUAUUUCAUGUUCUUUUCUAUAUAAAAAGUCCCAAAUAA